AUGGCUGCCAAGAGACAAGCUCAAUUUCUCGACGACAAGAGCGAUGACUCCGAUACCGAAAGCCAUAACCUGAGAGUACAACUACCAGAAACUCCAUCCCCACGCCCCACUAAGCGCCGCAAGGUCAACCUCGAUUCUCCUGAGACAACCUUGAUUCGCAAGCGAGAGGAGUUCCUCGACCGCGAAAGCUCCAAUAUUGAUGCCAAUCCCUCUCCCGAUGACAUGGACGAGGAGGGGAUGGGCCGCUCAAGCAAGCGUCUCAAUACAAGCCACCCUAUUUCCACACCAUCGCACCAGGAAUUCCCCGCCUUCGAUGAGAUGAGAAGUUCAGAUUCCCUCUCUGCUGCCCACCAUACUGUGCUCGAAGAAGAGAUGAGGGACUCGGAGACUUACUAUUUGUCUGGAGGAGAAGAUACAUUUGCUCAAAGUUCUGAAGAAGGUGAGGGGUCAAUUCAGGAAGAUGUAAACCCAGGAAAGAUGGUGCGAAUCAUGAAACCAUAUGGUGAGAUCUGGGGCUUCGAGGACGACGAUACACAGCCAGAAGACGAGGUCGCUGAUGACGAAGAUCCUGGGCUUGAAGACGAAGAGGGUCUGGUUGAGCUGUGGAGUGAGCGCGAGCAGAAGGUCUUCCUGGUUCUUGUCUGUGACUUUGGACGCAAUUGGAGACGAAUCCAGCCUUUCUUCCCUCACAUGAGCGUGGAGGAGUUGAAAGCCCAUUUCGAUCAUGUCGAUGCUGAACACCCGGACUACGGACUCUCUGAGGUGGCUGACGCCGCUGAGCAAGGCACACCAAUCUUCUCACCGCGCACAACCCGUGGUCUCUUCGGUCAUUUUGCGAAAGGCAGCGACCGCUUGGCUCUAAUGUGA